AUGGCAAAGCUUAGUAAUGAUGCUGAUUAUGAUGCCGGCGAAACGUCUGACAAUGUACCACGUCCACUUUAUGACUCGGAAAAGGAUUAUGCAUACAAUGAACUCCGGAAUAGAGAGAAAUAUGACCCAUUAUCGAGAACCGGCUGCUACAAGAUUCUUUGCUCAUGUGGUCGAUGUUAUGUUGGUGAUACAUGCCGACCUGUUCGACAAAGAUUGGGAGAACACAAAAAUGCUUGCAAAGGAAGCUGCAUCCAACGGUCAGAAGUGGCCGAACACAUGGUAGAAACUGGACCUGAAAUAAAAUGGUCUCAUACUACUAGGUUUGCUGAUUAUGGUACGUCUGGGGUUAAAAGAAAGAUAAGAGAGGCUACGCCAAGGAUUCAGAAUAUUCUAUCUGGCGCCAUCCUUCAAUUAUUGUCUUUCAAUUAUCAGCUCCCCCAUACUGUAUUCGGCCAUUCCAAAAUUGGUCAAUUGGUAAUACUAUUUGUUCCUUUUCUCUCCGUUUGUGGGCCUCCAACUUUGGAGUUGUAG